AAUAUUAAGUUAAAUUCAAAGCAAGCACAUAACAAAACUUAAAACAGAAUACAUUUAACACUCAAAAGUUGAACGCUUUGGUAAGUAAUUAUUGAAAAGAAAGCUAAAUCUUGUUUUAUUUUGUCAUAAGGAGAGCAAACAUAAUCUUUUAAAUAUUUUUGUCCAUGUUUAGCAAUGUUCAUUAUAAUAAAAUUACUAUAAUUUGAAUGUUACGGUAGCCAUUUUGUUCAUCUAGAUAGGUCACGUGACACAGUUUACAUUAUCAAGCUAUUUUGAAGAUAUUGAUUUUUUGUAACAAAUCCUCAACAGUGCAAAGUUUAAUAAAAGGAAAAAUAAAAUUGAAAAAUAAUGGAACGGAGAGGAAAUUUAAAAGUUAAAGUAAUUGGAGCUGGAGUAAUCGGAUUGUCUACUGCUCUCCGAAUUCAACAAAUCCUACCACAUGCAAAGGUCACGGUUCUCGCCGAUAAGUUUGGUCUAGAAACAACUAGUGACGGCGCUGCAGGAAUUUAUAGACCUACACUAAGUUUGAUGAAAGGGAACGAUUUGAAUAAAGUAAAACGAUGGUGUAAAGAUUCUUGGAAUAGAUACGAUCAAUUAGCGAGAAGUAAGGAAGCUAGAGAAGCCGGACUCUCGACUAUAAGUGGUUAUCAUUUUUAUGAUGAAGAAUACGCCAAAAACUAUGACUUUUUCUACAAAGAUAUAGUUUAUCAAUUUAGACAAUGUACACCUAAAGAAAUGAGUAUGUUUGGCAAUUCUCAACCUUGUGGAGUUGCUUAUACAACAAACCUAAUUGAAUGCCGAUGGUAUCUACCCUUUUUAGCUAAACAAUUUACAGCGAAUGGCGGAAAAAUCGUAAAGCGUCGAUUAAGUUCCUUGUCAGAAGUAGCUGACGAUAGCGAUAUUAUCGUUAAUUGUUCGGGAUUUGGGAGUAGGGAUUUAAUUGGAGAUAAGACGAUGGUUCCGAUAAGAGGUCAAAUGAUCCGAGCUAAAGCACCUUGGAUAAAGAACUUUGUUUUUUCUGGGCAUACCUCAUGGGUCAUUCCAGGAAGGGAAACUGUUAUUGUUGGAGGCACAAGACAAGUAAACGAUACAGAUUUUACAAUAAGAGCAGAAGAUACAGAUUCUUUAUGGGAAAAUGGUGUAAAAUUGGUACCAUCCUUGGCAGGCGGCCAAAAAGAAUGGGUUUGGGUUGGGUUUCGACCUCAUAGGUCUCCAAUUAGGCUGGAGAGAGAUACAUAUAAACAUGGCAAUAAACAAAUUCCCUUGAUCCACAAUUAUGGACACGGGGGAAAUGGCGUAAGUCUAAGCUGGGGAUGCGCAAUUGAAGCAGCAGAACUAGUUGCAAACUGCGUAACCGAAUCCAAACUUUGA